UGCUGCGCGUGGGACGGACAGCAUUUCUACAGCAUUCAGGAUUUUAAAUGUUGUUAUUGUUUUCGAACCAACAACAUGAUGCCAACAUACAUCACUUUGUGAGGGGAUUUUUAUAGUCUAGGCAAGAUGAAUGAAGCAACGACGGCGUUUUCAACGAAUAUCACUCCCAGUGAACCUAACACCGACGGCUGCCCUAUUUACGUCGUUAACCAAUAUGUCUUACCGAACCCGUGGGAUGAUCCGAUAUGGAUUUUGACUAGUGCCUUCGUAAUAUUUACCAUGCAGUCCGGAUUUGGUCUUCUGGAAAGUGGCACAGCUACAUCCAAAAACGAAGUGAACAUCAUGGUGAAGAAUGCUGUCGACGUUAUUUUCGGCGGGAUCACCUAUUGGAUGGUCGGGUACGCCUUCAGUUUCGGCGAGGACAAUUCGCCAACAAACGGAACUUCAACUGACAACAAUUCCUUCGCCGGUUUCGGAAACUUUUUCUUGGAUGUGGACUCGGGCUCCAAUAAGACCGGGGAUCUGUACUCGCAUUUUAUAUUCCAGUUAGCCUUUGCCACGACGGCAACAACUAUAGUCUCAGGAGCCAUGGUGGAAAGAACUCGCUUGGAAGCAUACAUUAUUUUCUCGAUGUUGAAUACGUUUGUGUGUAGUUUCCCCUCCCAUUGGGUUUGGGCUAAAGCGGGAUUCUUACGGAACCUCGGCGUACUGGAUGUGGCAGGCGGUGGCCCGGUGCAUAUUGCCGGCGGGGUGACUGGCCUUGUGGCUACCUUAAUGCUAAGACCUCGACAUAGGAGAUAUAAAACUAACGACCCUCCGCCCAUGGGAUCACCUACUAAUGCCAUACUGGGAAUGUUUAUGCUAUGGUGGGGAUGGCUAGGAUUCAACUGUGGUAGUACUCAAGGAAUAACUCUGGAUAAAUGGUCCCUGGCGGCAAGGUCUGCUGUGGCUACAAUAUGCUCGUCGAUGGCUGGAGGCAUUGCUGGUAUAGCCCUGAGUUACUUGACAAAGAGAAGAAAGUUCGAUAUAGGUUAUCUAAUCGACGGUGUGCUGGGUUCGUUAGUCUCAAUAACAGCUAUGUGUACCAUAUGUCCUCCAAAGUUUGCCUUAGUGAUCGGUCUCAUCGGGGGCUGCAUCGCCUGCGGUGGAGUUGAGCUCCUCAACAUGCUCAAGAUCGACGACCCUGUGGGUGUGGUCCCAGUCCACUUCUUCUGUGGGGUGUGGAGCCUUAUCGCGGCUGGCUUGUUCGCAAAGAAGGAUGAGACCAACAGGACGACAGACGAGACGAGUGUGACGAGUCUUAACGGCUUGUUUAUGGGAGGUGGGUUUGAACUACUUGGUAUUCAGCUCUUAGCGAUUGUCUGCAUAUCAGCCUGGUGUGGAAUCAUUGCGUGUAUCACGCUUAAGGUUAUAUCAUUGACCAUAGGGUUACGCUUCCCGUUCCACGAAGAACUACUCGGUGCCGAUAUGGUUGAACACUCCAUUGGGCCACGCAAAUACGACAAGAUCAAAAAACGACUGGUUGAUACGUCUAGGUACAGACGGUUCGAGCAGCCCCGACGGCGGUUGCAUUCUUCGAUGAGGCAGGCUGAGGAUUUCCUCGGCAUGAGGGAUGAAAUAGCGAACGUCAGCUACGACGACAUCCGAAGACGCUUUCAAGACAGCGAGAGCGACGAUAGGAAUCGAUCCGGCGCCAGGAAAAUACGCUUCGGCCCCAACCGCCAUGACAUGGUUUUCAGCAUCAGCAAUGGGAACGGACAUGCAACAGUCUUCGAGGAGGAAGACGGAAACCACUCGAACGGGGAGGACGUCCCGCAUCUUGAGGAGUCGAAUGGGAACGGGGAAGGAUCGAAUGGAAACGGGGAACAGCUUAAUGAUAACGGGUUACCCGUGAGCAAGAAGCGAAAAUUCAGCGCGCAGUUAAUCCGCGGUGCCUUUAGACGCAGGAAGAUUGUGCUGCCUAAAUGGCAGCGAAAACUGGGCAUUGAGAACGUGGCCUACAUCGAUAACGAACAAAACAUGAAAAUCAAACUGCGCAAGGCUCGGGACGUUCAGGUGUCAACUGGUGUGGGUCUCGCCGUCGUUCAGGAAUCUGUUUUAGGCGAUGGACCGGGGACCUCGGAUGAACCGAGGCCUCGGAGCAAAAUGGUUGAUAGUAGCACACAGACUAACCCCACCUCUGAGGUUUGCUCGACUUGUGUGCAGACCAGUGUUGAGGAUAUAUACCUCAGGAGUAUCGGAGUUGAGGCAGACUGUAGCUCUAUCGAGAUGGAGGUCAACUUUGAAGCAGACGACGAGACGAGGAGGAACAGUUAUUCUGAGAAAAAACGUCGAAAGAAAUUUGCAACUGAUGAUGAUGAUAAUGGUGUGGAUGAGGAACGUGUAGUUCAUGUCAUAACAAGAGCUGAAUAUCUAGUGUGAGAUAAACGCAAAUGUGGGUGGUCGGGAAAAGAAGGAAAAAAUAGAUGCAAUUUUUUUAAUAACUUUGGUACAUUUUACUUCAUACAAUUUUACAGUGCCGGAGAAAAGUGUUUAUAAUUCAAAAAAUUGGAAAGCGCACAUCCCCUGAAUUUAAGGCCCAAGUACGUAUACCGGUGUUAGAAUAAACAUUUGCAUUCUCCAUAAAGUUACACUGGGAAGAGUAUAGACGAUCAUUUUGUCAUUAGACCCCCCCCCCCCUUAAUAGCACAAUCUUAGCAGUAAACUAGUGGUCCUAACAUUUAGCCCAAACAUUGUACUUUACGAUAGCCAAGUAGUUUCGGGCUACAUAUAUGAAUAGGGGUGGAAUCACCUUUUCGGGCUACAUUUAGAAAACUACAUUUAGGCUACUAAUUGGGCUACAGUCAAUUAAAUACUAUGUUCGGGAUACAUUUUGGUGCAAAUUUUUGGCUGCAUUUAGGUUUGGGCUAUAUACACUUUAAGAUGAAGGUUUUGACCUACAAUUAGGGACAUAUUAUUUGGGCUACGUCUGAGUCCAGAAUACGUUUCGGCUAUAUUUGCGUACAAUGUUUGGGCUACAUUUAGGUGCAAAGUUUUGGCUCUAUUUAACACGGUUUGAGCUAUACACACUUAGGUGAAAGUUUUGUGCUGCAUUUAGAUACAUUUUGGGGCUACGUCUGAGUCCGGGCUAUGUUUGCGCUACACUUGCGUACAGUGUUUGUGCUACGUUUAGAUGCAGGAUUAUUGUAGUUAGUCCUACAUUAUCGAACAGGGAUUUGACUACAUUUUGGUUUUGAGCGACAUGUAGAUCUCGGGUAAAAGUUAAAAGAAUCGCACAUACGUCAGUGUGCAUAAUAGAAUGAAGCUCCACACGUUAACGAUUUGACCUAUACCUUGCAUGUUGUUGGCGGCAGUGUAAAAAAUAUGUUCGUCCAAAAACCUAAAAGGCACACUUGACGCACUAAGCCGAACUCUCAAACAUUACUGCAAACAAUGUCCUACAUUUUAUUUCCUAGUCCUAUCCUACACACAAUACCUCAUUAUGUGCAUUCCACAUCUGUAUUUCCAAAGCACAUUCAGUAUUAAUUUGUUGACUCUAUAUUGUUUCUAGUGCAAUGCAAAGUUGAAAAACGCGUCUUGUACAUUUUGUUCGGAAAAAAACCCCGAAACGACAUCAGCUGUAACUUUGUGAAUUGUCGAUGGUGCACAAACUGCAGAAGUAAUUUGUUUAGGUCUUUGUUUUGUUUAUUUUUGUUUGCUUCAUUUAUUUAAGCAUUAUUCAUUACAUAGUGAUUAUUUUUUGGUUAGAAAAGGUUGAGGGCUGGCUAAAUCUUUAACUAUUAGUUUUUGAACUGGGGAAAGGUCUUAAAGGGAUAAAUUUAUAUUAACAAAAUAAACAGUUUUAACUGCUUUGGAUCAAUUAUCAACAUAGACAAUGACCACAAUUGUAUUCCUUAUUUCGAAACCUUAUUCUUUAAACUCAACUUUGUGUAAAGGAUAACGUAACUGACUGUGUGUGGAAAAUCAAUAUUAAUUAAUUUUAUUGAGACAAUUUUAUUUUCAUGGUUACGCUAUCAUCUUGAAAAUAUUAAAGUUUAAUAUUUAUUCAUAUAUGCAUAUAAAUAUUUACUUAUAUUGUAUAAAUCUAGCUUCAAUUAUGAUAAUCAGGAAAAGAAAGGUAUUUCUCUUAUUAAUAAAGCAUUAAACCAAUGCGCAUGUGUAUAUGAAACAUUGCAUCGUUGUACAUUUCUAUGACUUUUGGCUCUGCAAU